CUCUAUCGGUAGUAUAGGCUGCGGGUGCGUGACCGGUAGCGCCCUCAUUUAUCCCCCCCCCCCCCUAUGACUCUUAUAAUACCUAUAUACCUAUAUUGCCCAUAUGUAAGCAGUGCGGUAUAGCGAUUAGCGAAGCGAACACGAAGUGGACAUUGAUAGUGACGUUCCUAUAAGUAAAUAUAAUAUUAUUGCAAAAUGAAGAUUUUGACCAUUUGGCCUACUGCGACAGAAAACCUUUACUAAACUCAAGUUUCAUUGAUUGGGCGAAUACAUAUGGCUUAAUUCGAUCGAGAAUACCAAAAAUUAAAACGUUAAACAUGGACGAAGUCCAGAAACUUGAGCACCUUUCAUUGGUGUCAAAAAUCUGCACAGAACUGGAAAAUCAUCUUGGGUUUAAUGACAAGGAUUUGGCUGAGUUUAUAAUUGAUUUAUCAGAAGAGAAUAAUACAUUUGACAGUUUCAAGGCUGUACUGAUUCAAAAAGGUGCAGAAUUUGCAGACUCAUUUAUUGCAAAUUUAUUAAGAAUCAUUCAGCAUAUGAAACCAAAAAAAGUAAAAGAAAAUAAACCUGAAAAUUCUAAACAAAAUGAUUUAGCCUACAAAUUUCCUGCCUUGGCACUUCCAAAUGAGGAGCCAGCAAAUGUUGUUGACAACAAAAACACGAAUAUAAGUGAUGUUGUGGAUGACAUGUUAAUGCAAUUAGAUGCUAAGAAUCUUGGUGGAUCAAAAACUUCUGAAAAAAAUGAAAGAAGAAGCCGCUCUUUGGAUAAAGAUAGAACUGAACGGAAAAACAGAUCUAACGAUGACGAUAGUUCUGUUCGAAGUCGAAAACGAAAGUCCAGUCGUAGUCCUAGACGAAAGUCGAGUCGAAGCCCUAGACGGCGAAAGUCUAGUCGAAGUCCUAGACGAAAGUCAAGUCGAAGUCCUAGACGAAAGUCGAGUCGAAGUCCUAGGCGGAAGUCGAGUCGAAGCCCUAGACGGCGGAAAUCGAGCCGGAGUCCCAGACGGAAGUCCAGUCGCAGCCCUAGACAGAGGAAAUCAAGCCGUAGUCCCAGACGAAGAUCCAGUCGCAGUCCUAGACAAAAACGUGAAAGCUCUCGCGACGAAUCUCAUUCGCGGAAACGAUCUUAUUCUAACACAAGAUCUAAUUUUUCAGAAGAAUUAAAAGAACUUGAAGUUGGAAAAAUUUACACUGGCAAAGUAGCUAACGUAGUACCUUUUGGAUGUUUUGUGCAACUAGAUGGACUCCGUAAACGCUCGGAAGGAUUGGUUCACAUUUCUCAACUUCGAAGAGAAGGAAGAGUUGUUAAUGCUAGUGAUGUUGUUACGCGUGGUGAAAAAGUGUUUGUGAAAGUUUUAAAUAUCACUGGUCAAAAGGUAUCAUUAAGCAUGAAAGAUGUAGAUCAGGAAAGUGGAUGUGACCUUAAUCCAAAUCCAGUUCUGAGUAAACGGGAAGAAGAUGAACAAGUUCUGAGAAAUCCAGAUCGUCCAGUAUCACUGCUAGAAUUUCAGGCUAAUAAUGAUGAGGACGAAGUGUAUUCAAAGAAAAGAGUACAAAGGUUAUCAUCACCUGAAAAGUGGGAGAUCAAACAAAUGCUUGCAGCAUCUUGUAUUGACAGAAGUGAAUUACCAGAAUUUGAUACUGAAACUGGUGUUCUACCACGAGAGGAUGAUGAGGAAGAAGAUGUUGAGAUCGAACUUGUAGAAGAAGAGCCUCCUUUCCUGAAUGGGCAUGGAAGAGCUCUUGGUGAUUUAAGUCCAGUUAGGAUUGUGAAAAAUCCUGAUGGUUCUCUUGCACAAGCAGCUAUGAUGCAAAGCGCUUUAGCCAAAGAACGUCGAGAACAAAAAAUGCUGCAAAGAGAACAAGAAAUAGAUUCCCUUCCUGCUGGGCAGCACAAAAAUUGGAUCGAUCCUCUUCCUGAUGCUGAUAAUUCCACAUCUGCAGCUGCUAGUAUGCGAGGAAUUGGCUUACAAACACAGGAUUUACCUGAAUGGAAAAAACACGUUAUAGGUGGUAAAAAGAGUUCAUUUGGAAAGAAAACUAACCUGAGUUUAAUAGAGCAACGUCAAAGUCUGCCCAUCUAUAAAUUAAAAGAUGAUCUUGUUAAAGCUGUGACGGAUAAUCAAAUUUUAAUUGUUAUUGGUGAAACGGGUUCAGGUAAAACUACACAAAUAACACAAUAUUUAGCAGAAAUGGGUUUUACAUCAAGAGGAAAAAUUGGCUGCACCCAACCUAGAAGAGUUGCUGCAAUGUCUGUGGCAAAUAGAGUUGCUGAAGAAUUUGGUUGUCGUCUUGGUCAAGAAGUGGGUUAUACAAUUCGUUUCGAAGAUUGUACUGGUCCUGAAACUGUUAUCAAGUACAUGACAGAUGGUAUGUUGUUAAGAGAAUGUUUGAUGGAUUUAGAUUUAAAAUCUUAUUCCGUGAUAAUGUUGGAUGAAGCUCAUGAAAGAACCAUACAUACUGAUGUGCUGUUUGGGUUACUAAAACAAGCUGUAGGAAGACGAUCAGAUCUUAAAUUAAUUGUGACUAGUGCCACCCUUGAUGCAGUGAAAUUUUCUCAAUAUUUCUUUAAAGCUCCAAUAUUCACAAUUCCUGGAAGAACAUUUGAAGUAGAAGUAAUGUAUACUAAAGAACCUGAAACAGACUAUUUGGAUGCUUCACUUAUCACAGUUAUGCAAAUCCAUUUACGCGAACCACCUGGUGACAUAUUGCUAUUUCUUACUGGUCAAGAAGAGAUUGACACAGCUUGUGAAAUUUUGUAUGAACGCAUGAAAACUCUUGGACCUGAUGUUCCAGAAUUAAUUAUAUUGCCAGUUUACUCAGCGCUACCUUCAGAAAUGCAAACAAGAAUAUUUGAACCUGCACCACCUGGUUCUCGAAAAGUUGUUAUUGCAACUAACAUUGCUGAAACAAGUUUAACGAUUGACGGCAUUUAUUAUGUAGUUGAUCCAGGUUUUGUCAAACAAAAGGUAUACAACUCUAAGACGGGUAUGGAUAGCCUCAUUGUUACUCCGAUCAGUCAAGCCGCAGCUAAACAGAGAGCAGGUAGAGCUGGUAGAACUGGUCCUGGAAAAUGCUAUAGAUUGUACACAGAAAGAGCUUACAGGGAUGAAAUGCUUCCUACACCUGUGCCAGAAAUUCAGCGUACAAAUUUAGCUACUACAGUUCUACAACUAAAAACAAUGGGCAUCAAUGAUUUAUUACACUUUGAUUUUAUGGAUGCCCCACCAGUGGAAUCGCUCAUUAUGGCCUUAGAAUCACUUCAUAGUCUAAGUGCACUUGAUGAUGAAGGUCUUUUGACUCGUCUUGGCAGAAGAAUGGCAGAAUUUCCUCUGGAACCAAAUCUUUCAAAAAUGCUUAUCAUGAGUGUUCAUCUACAGUGUUCUGACGAAAUAUUGACAAUUGUCAGCAUGCUAUCUGUUCAAAAUGUAUUUUACAGACCGAAGGAUAAACAAGCAUUAGCCGAUCAGAAAAAAGCCAAAUUUAAUCAAGCAGAAGGAGAUCAUUUGACACUUUUGGCUGUUUAUAAUUCAUGGAGAAAUAAUAAAUUUAGCAAUGCUUGGUGUUAUGAGAAUUUCGUACAAAUUCGGACACUUAAAAGGGCUCAAGAUGUGCGUAAGCAAUUGCUUGGCAUUAUGGACAGGCAUAAACUUGAUGUUGUUUCUGCUGCAAAAAAUACUGUUCGGGUUCAAAAAGCAGUAUGUUCUGGUUUCUUUAGAAAUGCUGCUAAGAAAGAUCCUCAAGAAGGUUAUCGCACACUUGUGGACAGCCAAGUAGUAUAUAUUCAUCCAAGUAGUGCACUGUUUAAUCGACAACCAGAAUGGGUAGUUUACCAUGAGUUAGUGCAAACAACAAAAGAAUACAUGAGAGAAGUUACGACGAUUGAUCCAAAAUGGCUUGUUGAAUUUGCACCUGCAUUUUUCAAAUUUAGUGAUCCUACUAAAUUAAGUAAAUUCAAAAAGAAUCAGCGACUUGAACCCCUCUAUAACAAGUAUGAAGAACCUAAUGCUUGGCGAAUAUCUCGAGUCCGAAGACGAAGAAAUUAAAUGUAUAUAUGGUACUUAUAUAUCAUGAUAUAUAAUAAAAUAUAAAUUAAUUUAGAAUUAUCAAAUUGAAUCAACAUUGUAAUAUAAAUGUAAAUAAAUAACCCAUUUUCUAAAUGUC